AUAUGUGGUAUUAUUUUCAUCCAACUUUUCUUUUUUCUUUUUCACUUUUUUCCCCUUCUUUUAAAUUCACUUUUUCCCUUAUUUCAUCAUCAAUUUCAAACCCUUCAUUUCUCUCUCUCUCUCUAUAUAUAUACAUAUAUAUAAGUAUAGUACUAUAUAUAUAUAUAUUAUUCAAUCAAAAGCUAUAGAGAGAGUCCCUUUGAUUUCUUUGUGUGUGUGGCCAUGACAAACCCUCAUCACUUCUCCAAAAAUACUUUAUUCAAUAAUGAAAGAGGAUGGAUUAACUUCAUUCCCAUCCAUAACCCUAACCCUAACCCUAAUAAUAAUAAUAAUAAUAAUAAUAAUCAUUACUACUAUUACUCAUCUUCAUCAUCAUCAACAACACCAUCUUCUUCUUCUUCUUCUUCAUCUUCUUUUUCUUCUUCAUCAAAAUCUCCUCCUUUAAGAGAAGCACUUCCUUUAAUAGACAAAUUAAGUCCACAAAGCUUAUUAUUACCAACCAAUAAUCAUAAUCAUAAUAGUGAUGAUUAUGAUGAUGAGGAUGAUGAUGAUGAUGAUGAUGAAGAUAUUGAAGAUUGUGAGAAAGAUAAUACUAGUGUAACUGUGGCUUUACACAUGGGAUUAAUCCCAAGCCCUAAUAAUAAUGAUAAUAAUAUUUCUAGGGUUUUGGAUAAUGAAAAGGAAGAUUUAGAAGGAAGUGAGGAACAGGGUAGAGGUGAGGAGUACUGGAUUCCUACCCCAUCUCAAAUUCUUGUUGGCCCAACUCAGUUUCAUUGCCCUCUUUGCUCUAAAUCCUUUAACAGAUACAACAAUCUACAGAUGCAUAUGUGGGGACAUGGAUCUCAAUACCGAAAAGGAGCGGAAUCGUUGAAGGGAAGCAACAAGCAAGGAGGAGGAAUGACGAGAGUGGCGUGCUAUUGUUGUUGGAGCGGGUGCAAGCACAACAUCUCGCACCCCCGAGCAAGGCCUCUCAAGGACUUUAGAACUCUUCAAACUCACUACAAGCGCAAGCAUGGCGCCAAGCCUUUCGCUUGUACAAAAUGUUCUAAGCCAUUUGCUGUGAAAGGUGAUUGGAGGACUCAUGAGAAGAAUUGUGGUAAGAUUUGGUAUUGUCUUUGUGGCUCUGAUUUUAAGCACAAGAGGUCUCUAAAAGACCAUGUCAAGGCCUUUGGCCAAGGCCAUGCUCCUCUACUUGAUUAUAAUAAUAAUAAUCAUAAUAAUAAUAAUGGUAAUGUUAAUAUUGAUGAUGAUCAUGAUCAUGAAGAUGAGCCUAGUGCUUAUUCUGAAUUAAUAGAUGAUCAACAACAAUAUCCUGAUGAUCAUCAUCAUCAAUACUAUUAAUAUUAAUAAUUAUAUAUUGUUAUUAAUUUUAUGUGUAUGUAAUGUGAAAAUUUGUAUUAAUUAAUUCAUGUAACUUUUUAGAAGAAGACUAUAUAUGAUAUCAUCAUGAUGAUCUAUAUCAUGUUAAUUAAGCUAAUAUAUAUAGUUUGUAAUUGCUUCUUA